UUUCCCAGGUUUCUUGUACCUGUCCGACGUCAUAUCCACCCUGAAUAAUUUCCACCGAACUGGUGCCGCUGGGAGUCAGAGAGUUCCUGAGUCGCUGGAGGGGUAACCGCCGCCACAGCCAUGGCCGAAUCCCAGCUCAUGUGCAUGGAAGACGGCCACAUUGGAGCCAAGGUCCCGGACACCAAACCGGAGUUUUACUACAGCGAGGAGCAGCGCGUCGCCAUCGAGGAGCUCCUCAAGAACGGCGACGGUGCCUUCAAAACACGCCUCAAGGAGGACAACAUGAAAGACUUCUUAUCGGCCAGAGAGGUCAAAACGCUGGUGAACACUUUUAAACAGUACGACUCCGGUAAUGACAGCAGCAAAUCGGCGCAGUCCAGGUCGGAGGAUGGAGCCGCCGGCACCGACGCGGACUCGGGGGUCCAUUCCACGUACUGGCCCCAGAUGUCGGACACCGAGGUUCCGCCGCUGGAUAUCGGCUGGCACAGCGGGGGGUUGUUCAAAGGGGUGACCCGAGUGGCCGUGCACACACACCCGCCUAAGGACAACGGACCUCACAUCAAAGAGGUGGUGCGGCGGCUCAUACAGGAGGCGAGCAAGGUGAUAGCAAUAGUGAUGGACAUUCUCACAGACCUCCAGAUCCUGCAGGACUUAAUGGAUGCGGCCUGGCGACGCUCCGUGCCUGUAUACAUCUUGUUAGAUGACCAAGGUGUGCCACACUUCCUGGAUAUGUGCUCCAGGCUGCAGAUCGGCUCACAGCACCUUCGAAACAUCAGAACCAGAACGCUGCAGGGACUCGGAUUUGGUUUGUCCUUCGGCAGACUGCCUGGUGCGCUCUGUAAUAAGUACAUGCUGGUAGACGGAGACAAAGUGGCGUUUGGCUCCUACAGUUUCUCCUGGUGUACAUCUCGUAUGGACCGAAACAUGAUCACUGUGAUGACGGGGCAAGUGGUUGACUUCUUUGACCGGGACUUCCGUGAACUUUACGCCGUUUCCAAGAAUCUGGACCUCUACAAGGAGUUCCACGUCAGCAAGCCUGCUGCUAACGCGACCUCAGCAUUACGUUCCAAAACGGGGUCCAUACGCCCGCUUUUACCGGCCACCACGUCCCGCUUCCAGGUUAGCUUAGGGGAUUCACGGAAUCCUGACAUCCAGGUGCCUGCACACAAAUACUACAACCCCAAAUACUUGCUGGCGUUUGGAGAUAUCCCACGUCCAACUGGGUCUCUGCAAGAGGCAGGGCCGAAGAGGGGGUCAUUUCUGCCUGAGGUUCCAGAGGACAUGGAACAGGGGAGGUCACGAUUGGCCAGUAGUGAGAGGAUGGGCCGACGGAAUUCAUUGACGUCGGAAGCUCAGGGUGAAAGCUUCAAGAGGCCCAAUGGAAUCCCACAGGACAAGAAGGGGCAGCUUACGUGGAAGCAGAAACUCUUCAGAAAAAAAUCAUCCAGUAAACUUUCAGUGAACAGCGUGGCGAACAGUACGGACCCUCCGCCCGCAGAAACCAGUCGGACUGACGAGAACGAGGACAGCUUUGAAGUGAUUGUGAGAACUCCAUCGAAGCUGAGGGGAAAGAAGCCGUCUAAACUGGGUCGGAGGACCGAGUCUCAGCAAACUGUCGACACGGCACAGGAUAAUGAGAGUGUGAAGAGCCGACGCAGAAGAAAGCCAGAAUGUAAAGUGUCCUGAGGUGAACCUUCCCUGACCACAGAAUGCAGUCACACAGUCUGAAAAUGGAUUACAGAAUUACUUCCUUAACACUACUGCCAUCUUUGAUUGUGCAAGAUUGUAUUUUAUCCAGUGCCUUACAGAAAGACCAAAUGAAUGUGCAGUUCAUCAGAUACCGGAUCAUGUUGUUUUUAUAUUUAGUGCCAAAUGAGAAAUCAAUAUUCAAAGCCUCAUGGGAAAUCUCUUGCCCUGGUUCGCUGCAGAAUGGUAACAAUGAGGUAUUUCCUGGUGAUUACUUGCACCUUAUGUGCUCGGAGCGUGGUUGUAGCUUCAGGGAUGUGGGAUAACUGCUUCCCCUCUGGACACUGAGUGCAUAGGUUUGUAAUAGGGAUGAAAAUUGAGGACUAGCUUCAGUGUUUUAGCAAUAUACUGAAAAGAAUCAGAGCAAUAAGCAGAAGUUUGCACAAGUUUUUUGCUCCUUUAGUUAGCUAGUACCGUGGGUCAUUGUGUGUAAGGCAUUGUACGGCAAACCUUUUAAACUUUCUGUGCUGUUGUUUAACUGUAAAUGAAAGUUAUCAAGAAUUUAUGUUUGCUGCACUAAUACAUCAUGGGAUCUUUUGUUCAUUGUGCUUAUGAAAUAGUUUCAGAUAACGAAAACCUUAAAGGUGCCAAGAAGAUUUUUUUUUUUAUGUUUUAAUUGUACAAUGAUUUACGACAGAAAGCUAUGAAAAUGUUGGCAGUGUGAUCAAAAAACAUUUUAAAUGUUUUGAAAAACCAUAAAUACAAUGAAAAUGAAACAGGAGAGAGGUUAAAUGUUUUAUCAGUGGUCAUAAAGCCUAUCUGUUCAAACAUGGGGCAUCGCCUUGACUGCAGCUCCACCUAGUGGUGACAUGUAGUUUUACUCCAACAUUUAAGACAGAAAGCUGAGGAUUGCACUGCACAAACAGACCACUAGCUGACUCCCUUGUUCUCCCUCAGCUUCUCUGGGUGUGUGAGAACAGCUCAGAGGUCGGAGAGGAACUGCAGGCCUGAUGGUAGUUCAGGGUUAAGCUGCAGAGGAUAGAGGUGGGAAGGUGAAGUAGGAGGGUUUACGUGUGGGACGUGGUGCAAUACUGAAACAGGAAGUUAGAGCUGCAGCAGGAAGAGGCGUUCUCGCACUAAUUUUGUAGACUAGUUUUAGUCACACACCAGGCCUGAAAAUGCUGCUUCCUGUGAUACUUCAUGCAUCUGAAUGCCUAAAACUCUUUAACUGUCUGUGUUCAACUAGAACAGAUAUAAAUAAGGGAUUAGAUCUUGUCAGAGAGGUUAUUUUGCUGUGAAAAGUGAAAACCAACAGUCAUCUACGAAACGAACAUACAGAGUAUGGCUGUCAGUGUGCAUCAGACCUCUGAGCAGAGAACUGGGGAUCUGUUUUUCCUGUUUUUUGCAGCUGUUAUGGAAAACUCAGAAUACAAGCAAUAUUAAAGUCACAAUCCAAA